AUGAAGCAACGUGGAGAAAAAAGUUGCAGAAACACAGACAUAGACAUCCUGCAGAGCUUUGAGACCUCCAUCGCAGCUCGGUCCCCAGACCUCCAUCGCAGCUCGGUCCACAGACCUCCACCGCAGCUCGGUCCCCAGACCUCCACCUCAGCUCGGUCUACAGACCUCCAUCGCAGCUCGGUCCCCAGACCUCCAUCGCAGCUCGGUCCCCAGACCUCCAUCGCAGCUCGGUCCCCAGACCUCCAUCGCAGCUCGGUCCACAGACCUCCAUCGCAGCUCGGUCCACAGACCUCCAUCGCAGCUCGGUCCACAGACCUCCAUCGCAGCUCGGUCUACAGACCUCCAUCACAGCUCGGUCCACAGACCUCCAUCGCAGCUCGGUCCACAGACCUCCAUCGCAGCUCGGUCUACAGACCUCCAUCACAGCUCGGUCCACAGACCUCCAUCGCAGCUCGGUCCCCAGACCUCCAUCGCAGCUCGGUCCACAGACCUCCAUCGCAGCUCGGUCCACAGACCUCCAUCGCAGCUCGGUCCACUGACCUCCAUCUCAGCUCGGUCCACAGACCUCCAUCGCAGCUCGGUCCACAGACCUCCAUCGCAGCUCGGUCUACAGACCUCCAUCACAGCUCGGUCCACAGACCUCCAUCACAGCUCGGUCCCCAGACCUCCAUCACAGCUCGGUGUAUCAGUGUGGUUCAGUUACCUGAGAACAGGUGA